AUGGCGGUCCGCAAAGACAAAGACACAGCGGAAGCACAGUUUGCGCAAAUCCUCGACGAUGCUAGCAAGCUGUACUCCUCCGACUCCAAGGACAAACUCGGCGAUUUUCUUGACCCGCCUAUAAACAACGUCACAGACCUAAUCAAGCAAGUUGACAAGCAGAAUGAUCAGUUUACUAAAUUCCGCGAGAAGCGGCAAUCAAUAUUUAGCGCUAUGGCGGCUUGCCUUACGCCCGUUGAAGUCAUCGGUGAGAUCGUGAGUGGUGCUGCGGCAGACUCAUUUGCGCCAGCGGAGGGAAUCUUUGGCGCUGUUGCGUAUCUCAUUGGAGCAGCGAGAGAUGUUUCCUCAGCGUAUGAUACGAUCGUUGAGUUAUUUGAACAUUUGAAGGACUUUACAUCGCGACUGGACGUUUAUGUGCAGUAUAAGAUGGGAAAUGCAUUGCGAAACAAGGUCGUCACUAUUCUGGCGCAACUUUUUGAAGUAUUCGUCUUGGCUGCCAAGGAGGUUCGUCGCGGUCGCUUCAAGGCUUACUUCCGUACCUUGUUCGGCAAAGGGACGCCUGUGCAAGAAGCGCUCGAUAAGCUCAAGGCUCUUAACAUUGGCGAAGAGAGGCAGGUUCUUGCAGAUACUUAUGGAGGUGUGAACAAGCUCAAUCUCACGACGGAGAAUAUGCAGAGUAAGCUUGAGGAGAUGAACCAAACAAUGUUGCAGAUGAGGUCGGAAGGCCGUGAGCGUACUAUCGCAGCGCAUCAGGAUAAACUUAAGGAGAUUCUAGACCCUUCGCCGUUUCCUGAGGACUUUUUUGCCAUGUUCAACAAGUCACGCGCGGAGUCUACCGGAGACUGGAUCCUCACAGAUGGUGGAUUCAAAGCGUGGCUCGAAAGGAAGACCAACUUCCUCUGGAUUACAGGCGCAGCCGGAACUGGCAAGUCGUAUUUGACCACUAGACUCGUGUCCUGGGGAACACAACAUAUCUCGCGACUUGCGUACUUCUACUUCAGAGACAACAAUCCCGAGACACGUUCAGUUCUCCAAGCUCUCCGUGAUCUCGCCUACCAACUAAGCGAAAGCGAUCCCUUUUACGCCAAACAGCUUCUCAAGAAUCUUCGCAGCAUCGAUGAGAUCCGCACCAUCCCCAGCGCCUACCGAAAACUCUUUGUCCAGCCAUUCCAGCAAGAAGAACAACAGAAAGAGAUUUACAUCUUCCUCGAUGGUAUCGAUGAGGCGGAUUCUGCUGAAGUCGAGGAACUACUCCAGCAAAUGGGCUCGGAUGAUGAGUCUGACAAGAGACCAAAACAUGUCACGCUCCAAGUUGCUCUCAUUGGAAGAACGUACAUGACUGAGACUGUUACAUAUACCCUCGAUCCAGGAAAUAGGGGAACGCAAGUCAUUACAACCCUUCACGUCACGCCCGAUCGCAAUGCCGAGGAUGUCAAGUUGUACAUCGAGAAUAGCGUUUGGCACCUUCGUAACCUGAGCCGCACACCUCCCGACUUUCGACAAAAGAUCAUUGACGCCAUGAUUAAGCAAGCCGACGGUCUCUUCAUUCUCGCAAAGUUCAUGCUAGAGGAUAUUAGUCGUAAGCGGCAUCCCCAAAGCAUCCUCACCAGUUUACAGUCAUAUCCAAAGGAGAUCAGCGGUAUCAUUGGGCAAACGCUCAAGAACCUUUCGGAGACACUAUAUGAAGAUCAGACGAGAGACUUGAACGAAAUGCUCCAGUGGGUCGCAUGCGCGGAAGAGGUUCUAUCCCUCGAGCAGUUGGAAGCAGUCCUCAUCAUGCGUUUCGGGGAUCCUCCUUUCCACCUCGAAGAAACCCUGCGCGGUCAAUACGCAUGUUUUUUCGAACUCGAGCGCGAAGACGGUUUAACAACUGACGAUCUCAUUCGGGAGCAUGAGAAGCAACAGCGCAUUAAGAACGGCGAUCUCGGCUCCGGAAGGCGUUCAAGUUCAGCGAGUCGUCCAGGAUCAGGCCGAAGUGGAAGUCCCAAGAGUCCAACAGUCUUCGGCCGGAGUCCCGACCUGGGUCGAAACUUGUCUCCUCUGCGUCGCACGAGCCCGAUCCAGGCUUUGGGUCCUGGGCGAGUAAGCCCUGGACGUGGCGUGAGUCCAGCUGCUAACUCCGACCUUUUUGACCCCAUGAGUGAAAUGGACUUCCGAUCGAGCAAGACAAAUACGUGGAUUACUUUCUUCCACUCUUCCGUCAAGGAGUUCUUCAGUACACAAAACUCUUCAAAGCUCGGUGCGGGCAUUGGCUUCGAUCCCCUCAUUUCGCGCAUUCACAUCCUCAGGACUUGUCUAUCCAUCUUCACUAACAAGACCGCCUUUGAGAAAUACCGGCUCAGCGCUAGUGGGCGAGAAUCCAUGAAGCAGUACGCCGCGUGGUACUGGCAGGAGCAUUUAGCUGUUCUCGAUCCCGCGACAGUGCCUGCGCCCGAGAAGAAAAAGCUUGGAGAGUAUGUGCACAAGAUGCUCACUGAUGAGAACACAAUUCUCGACUGGACUCUUAUGUAUGAGAAGAACGACGAGGGUCUUGAUGUCCUUACAGAUGCCAACAUGAAAGGUCUCAAGCGCUGGAUGGGUGAUCCCGAUGUCCAAUCCUCCCUCAGUCCUGAAGCUCGAGAAUGGGCUAGCAAAGGCGUUAAGGAAUCCCCCGGUAUCUUCAAGCCCAUCGGAGACCUCUACGCUCGAGCGUGGCUCUCAGAAGAUUUCAAGAAAUACAUCCCCACCCUCUUCUGCUUCAAGAUUGUCCAGUCCAUCGCAUUCAUGCAAGAGGGCUACUCUUGGUCCGACUGCAACACCCACUGGACUGAGAUCCCUGUCGAGAACCGAAUCGUCAAAGCAGCAGAAUGGGCAAAGAUCCCAGAGAGUGCCCACUGGCAUCGUCGCUUCGGAAGCACAUACCUCACGAAUGACAUGCACAAUAAGGCGCUGGGACAUUACGAUAAGGCUCUUGCCCUCGACAAUAAUAGUGUCGAGACACGUGGUCGUAUUGCAUACUGUCUUUCGCGUGACGGUCGCUUCAAAGAGGCUCUGGAACAAACUCUCAAGUGCGAAGCGAUUGAGGAGGAGAGUAUCGCGAGCGGUAAGCUUGAUGAGCAAGCCUUGAAGAGCUGCAAAUGGCGUCUGUACAAGGAUCACAUUCUCAUAGCCACUUGUUACGAAGAACUCCACAAAGUUGACCAAGCACUUGAAUACUUCGUCAAAGCGAUGAAGAGUGCCAAAUUGGUCGGUCUGGAUCGCAAAGAAUGCAAGGAAUACUUCGAGCCUGAACUCGGAUAUCUCGAGCUAGUGGCCACUGAGAACCGCCAUGAAGCUGUCAUUCAGUUCCUCAAACAACUCUCAGAAGAGGUCACUGAUACAGAACACAAGCGCACAAGACUCGUUGACUUUUUGCUCGAGUUCCAUAACAAGCCUCUUGUCAUAGACUGGAUCCCCAAGGCAGCUAGCAAAAUGGGUGAAACAGACUUUAUUUACGAGUCUCUUCUCUUCACGAUUGAGGUCGCAACCGCAACUCGCGAUCCCCUCAAAGCGCUGUAUCUUCGUCUCGCACUUGGCGCGACGUACACGUACAGUCGCGAUAUCGAUUCUGCGCUGGAUUUGUUCGAGAGUAUAACACAACUUGGAUACCGGCCUCGCGGUAACGUUCCCACGCGACAGGCUUAUGCUCUCGCAUUCCAGAAACUUGCUUCUCUGUACAAAGAGCGCAUUCUUCAUGCCGGCUUAAGAACGCCUGAAGCAGACACUUGGCUCGAAGAUCUUGAGAAGAUCAAGCAGAAGCAAAGUCGGCAUCAGAACCAGGAUAUGCCGAUCGAGAUGGUUGGUUCAGAUGUCAACAUCGCAGCCAUCUACAUGAUCCUCUUCAAUCGCCUCCUCGGUCGAAGUUCUUCAACAGACCGCGAUCUUCGGCAACUCAUCAACGACAGUCUUGACAUUCUCUCUGACGACGAUGUCCAAAAUGACGAAUACGCCCUGGAUAACCUCCUCGGCCUCUUCAUCGCCGCCGACGACAUCGAGAACGCUCUCGCCCUCAGCCAGUCCAUGCGCAAAGUCGACCCAAAAGUCUUCACCUCUACCCCAGAAGACUCACCUGUCCUUUCACGCAUCGAGCCCAAACUCCCAGAAAUCCAAACAAUGCGCCAAAAUUGCGCUCAGUGUCUCGAUCUAAUCCCUCCUUCGGAUGAGUACUACAUCUGGCGAGGGGAACAAGACGAGCGAUCAUAG